AUGGGAAAGGUACACGGAUCAUUAGCUCGUGCGGGAAAGGUCAAGAACCAAACGCCCAAGGUCCCCAAGGUGUCCAAGAGGAAAAAGUUGACUGGAAGGGCAAAGAAGAGACAACUAUAUAACAGAAGAUUUUCCGAUGGAACAGGAAGGAAGAAGGGACCCAAUUCGAAAUUAUAA